AUGGCAGGAACUGAGAACUCCAAGGUCACCAUCCCAAAACAACCACCCAAGUCAAGCAGCGGCCGCCGCUUCGUCGGAGUCCGGCAGCGGCCCUCCGGGAGAUGGGUUGCAGAGAUAAAGGACUCCUCUCAGCGCCUACGCCUCUGGCUCGGGACCUUCGACACCCCUGAGGAGGCUGCAAGGGCCUAUGAUGAGGCUGCCAGGGCAUUGCGUGGCGAGAAUGCACGUACUAACUUCGUCACCGAUCCCAAUUCCCCACCAAUGGACUUCUCCUCAGCUAAUGCUCCAUUCUUCUUGGAUUCCGAUGUCCGGCGUGGCGGCGGAUUCUCUUCAUUGAGGGCGAGGUUGAGCAAGAACCUCCAGAACAUCAUGGCAAGGACAGCGGAUAAUAAUAGGUCAUCUAAGACUAGGGUCAGUGACCAAUCCACCUUUGCUAGUAUCUUCCAUUGCAGGAGCAACAACUUCCAACACUAUCUGAUGGAUUCGAAGAGCAUCGAGAAUUCGGUGCAACCGAGCUUCGUAGUUCCCCGGCCAGCCGAGGAGCAAUCUGCAUGGGGCGCCUCAUCGGAGUGCAUCGGCCUCGGGCCUCAUGCAACCAGUUCUUGGGAUGGACUGAGGGAUGCUUGUGAUGUGGGGAUUCCACAGCAUGGCUUCAAUGAUCCAAUGGUGUGGGGAAUUGAUGGUGGGGAGGUUGCUAGUAGAGGGGAGAGAGAGCUGGCAUGCAGCAAGAGGUUUAAGGUCUCUUCUUCAAUCAUUGUUCCCCCUACGUUUAGUGCAUCACAAUCUCUUGGUGAGAAUUGA